AGGAGGAGGAGGAGCAGCAGGAGCAGGAGGAAGAUCCUCAGGUGGAGGGAAGAGAGGAGGAAAAGACUGGUGGAGCCGAAUGCAGAAGGGAGACGUCCCCUGGGACGAGAAGGACUUCAGGUAUCUGGCCAUCGCGGCGGCCGGAGUCAGUUCAGCCGUGUUGUUCUUCUACUUCAGAGACAACGGCAGAGAGAUCAGCUGGAAGGACUUCGUCCACCGAUACGUGAGCAGAGGAAUGGUGGAGCGGUUAGAGGUCGUCAACAAACAGUACGUGAGAGUCAUCCUGCUGCCGGGAGCCGACGCUGACGCGGUGAGAAAAACAAAUUCAAACCUGAGAUUUCUACCAAAAUGUUUAUGAAGCCAAAAAGUGUAACGACAGUUAUAUAUUUGUUUUAAUCUUCUGCCGAACAUUCUGUAAGUAAUGUUGAAAUGGGACCAACCGUCCUCCUGUAGAUGCUUUUGUUUAUUAAUUACCAUAUUCUCCCAAAAAUGAAAUCUACGGAAGCCCUGAGGGCCAAGUGAGAAAAAACAAUCUGUUAAUCCAUUAAAUCUGAAAUAACAUUUGUUUUUACAAUUAACCCUUAAAAUGAUGAAGUAAACACUUUGACCUCUUUACUAAAGAUUUCAUUAAACGUGUUGAUAAUGAGAAUAAAUAUGAAUUUAAAUGAUUCUCUCUAAACUCAAACAGUCACUCAGCUUCUUCACAAGACAUGUAGUCAGUGAUCUACAGAUGUACAGAGUGUUUAUGACUUAAGAACAGCUGAGAAAUAUAAGAUCAUUAACAAUUUUUCAACUGGCACAUUUUCCCCCAGCAGGAAAUCGGUUCAUUUUUUAAAUUUUCAUCUGAAAACAGGUGAAACAUUUUAUAUAUUUUUCAUCAGGAUCAUUUUUUAUAUUUCAGGCUGAAGUCUGCGUUACCUCAUGUUCUUAAUAUGACUCAUUCAUGUUUUCUCCGGGUUACUUUUUAUUCCUCCAUGUUCUCUAAACACAACGAAUGUUUGUUGUGUGUCAGAAGGUUUAGUAGAUUCAAACUGACCUGGAGGGUAACAUGGAGGUAGAGGUGCACUACUGCAUCAGUGUUACUACAACACACACUGAGUAUGAUCUUAGUUA